AUGACAGUCAUUUUGCUUGGAAUUUGUAGGAAAACUGAGAGACCAUGUAAGUUUAUGAUGUUUUGGUAGUAUCUUAAUAUGUAUACCUCCUCUCAAGUCGUGCUUUUUUGAAUACAAAAUCAUUAUCUUCUACUAUUUUACUGUUGCUCACUGACUUUUAGUUUAAAACUUAAUUUUUAUAUCUUUAAAAUUAUUAUUAGGCUUUAAAUUUGAAAUUUUGAAAUUACAGUAAUAUUGUUGAUUUAUCAUCUUAUUUUCAGCCAAAAACUUCUUAAGGAAAGUAGAACGACGAGGACAAAAGGAAGACGCUAAAAGACGUGAAAGAAUGGAAGAAGAGGUCAAAGAGAAGGACUACAUGCAUCAACCGGUAAGUUUUAUAGUUUAACAAGUAAGGUGCACGUCAAACCGAACUAAUAGAAAUGAGUGAAAUAUCAAAAUGUUUAACCGCUCUCUCUUCGUUUGCGUGGCGCUCUCUCGGUUUUUUGCUCUCUCGUUCGCUUUUCUAUGCACGCUCUCUUUUUUUUUAUGCGCUAAACAAAACGUCUAUUUUACUCUCUGAUUUCACGUUUCGGUUUGACGUGAGGUGCAUAUUCAUUUAUUAUUAGAAAAUCUUAAAAAUGCUAUUGAAAACGUUGUAGUAGCUGCUUUUUAUCAAUUUUUUGAGUAAUUUAUUUAGUUUAAAAUUUUUAAUUUUUGUUAUGAUAUAAUACAGAGGGUUUACUGUGCAAGUUUUUUACUUUAACAUUGCAUAAUUGAAAUCCGUUCUAGGUCGACGAAUUCAUGUCGGAAGGCGCAGUAACACCUGACGUCCAGACCUUGAUAAUGGAGCCAUCGGGGGAGCAAGCGGACCAAAGUGGGAACGGCGACGAGAUGGAUUCGUUCAUGACAGGACAGUCGGCCAAUAAUUAG